AUGCCCUCCCCACCAUCGGAAGCCCGCUACCCGCACAGAAAGCAUCCCCUAAGUCCUCCGAAGCGCCCAAUGACGUCAACCUCGUAUUCCGAGAAACCGUUUUCUUCGCUAGCAAAAGGGAUGAUGGAGUUUGGAUUUGAUACGAGGGAGCCGGCGGAACGGAAAGUGGUGCGGUUUAAUCCGCUGUUAACCCCUUCACCGUUCCUGGACCCUAAGGUUUUGGAGGAGAAGAGGAAGGGUGCGGCUGCUUCGAAGCCGUAA